CCCAUGGUCCUUUGCGAUCGUUUUUAUAUUGUCCGAUCCCRAGUCGACUACAACUAGCACGCGGAGUGUCUUUUUACGAAAAUAAAUGAAUUCCUCUAAUGACACGCAAGGUUUGAGACGUUCUGAAUUAAUAACUGAACGGUUAUCUUUGAAGUUUGAAGAGUUUAAAUGCACUGAUAUCCACCACAAAGAUUGUGUUUUUACUGACUUGGUUCGKGACGAGCUAGUUUCUUCGUUUGGUAAUGYMAGCUACAAUGAACAAGGAUUYACAGUAAGUAACGUUUUCAAGCGAUCAGUACGAAAACGAAAAGGAAAAGGACGAAAAAGUAUAUACUGUGGAGUUCGAAUAAAGGAUACUAGUAAAUCAAAACAAGAAUUGGAAGACAGAAUCGAAGAUAUCACGAAAGUGCACGAAAGAGAAAUCAAAAAAAGGAAAUUUGCAGAACAUGUUGCUAAUAAUUACUACGAAGAAUGGAAAGCUGAGCGAAAGGCAAAGGACAAAGCUCUUGAAAAACAAGUUUUUAUUACCACAUCUCAUCUCCCAGAUUCUUUCUACAUAAAGAAUGAACUUCUUAAUUUUGAAUCGAAUACUAAUAGUAUCAUUGGCUCUGGUGUUUUUGGAGCAUAUCUCCAAAGAGGCUGCACUUAA